AUGGUCGUGUCGUGCGAAACUAGAGGAGAAAUUUUAAAACGGUUUAAACGUAAUAUCGCAGACUGUAAUCUGAUCGACGAUAGUGAUGAUUACAUCGUCAAAUGGCUCGUUGCUCGUGAUUUUGAUUUGGAUCAAGCUGAGAAAAUGUUAAGACGCUCUGUCGAAUGGAGAAGAGCAAACCGCGUUGAUGAGAUCCUCGACCAAUGGGAGCCACCGGUGGCCCUUGUCAAGUACUACCCCAUGAGCAUAAUUGGCAAUGAUAAAUUUUAUUGCCCUGUGUCAGUCGUGGCGUUUGGAAAAGCUGAUUGGAGGGGAAUAUUGCAAUCGGUCAGCAAAACAGAUUAUUUGCGGUACCUCACUUACAUGGCGGAAACCAAUUACGUGUUAAUGAGGAAGAAUUCAUUGCUGACUGGGAAACCUGUUACCCUUCAGACAUUUAUUAUCGACAUGGAUGGAUUAUCCAUGAGACAAAUGUCAUACAAACCAUUUAGAGAAGUGGGUCUUGAAGCAAUCAAAAUAUCCGAAGCUAACUAUCCUGAAAGUCUCCGCCGAGUAUUCAUAAUCAACGCACCCAAGGUCUUCACGUUCGUCUUUUCCAUGGUGAAACCAUUUCUGCAUCAGGCGACAUUGGAUAAAAUCAGCGUCUUCGGUUUCGACAGAAAUGAAUGGAGCGUUGCUUUGUUGAAAGAAAUCGAUGCGGAUCAACUUCCAGUUUAUUACGGUGGUACAAUGACCGACUCGAAUGGCGACUCCAAAUGUUCCAGCAAGGUAAAUAUGGGAGAAAAAGUGCCGUCGUCUUAUUAUCUCGACGUUGGAAGAUCUGUUCCAAAAGACGAUAUGACGUUUUUCAUAUUGACUCGAGGCACAAAAAAGAAAUUUGAAUUUAAAGUUGUGGCAGCCAAUUCAACGCUCAAGUGGGAAUUUAUGACGGAGGAAGGUGAUAUCGGUUUUCGAGUUUACUACUACGUCAAAAAUGAAAAUGAAAAGGUGGACGUCGUGAGCAAUGCAAGACUUGAAAGUCAUUUGAUGAUGCAAGAAGGUGAAAUUGUCUGCACCAGGCCAGCCAUUUAUGUGGUGCAAUUUGACAACAGCUACAGUUACUUCAGCUCGAAGAAAAUUUGGUACCGCGUUAUCGUUGAUCUUCCCUCACUCGACAAGUCCGACUAG